AUUGACAGCGUGACGUUUAUAAGGCGCGUCAUUUUAGACCCUGCGUCAUUCCAUAUGAUUUUCCUUAUUCCGUUUAAAUAAUGAACUUUCACAAGACAGUCGAGAGAAAUGUCUGUUUAUGACGAAUGGGACAUUCACAUAAAUGAUUUAAUUAUCUAAUUAAAAGUGAACAGUGGUGAUAUUUGUGAUAAAUUUUUGUUGAAUAUGUUACAAAGGACUCGGUCCAAAGAUAGAGGAAAUAAUAGUGUUGUGAUAACUUUUAUAUGCUGAACUAUUUCGUUUAUUUUUUACACAACAAAUAAACAUAUUUAUUAUCGUAGUUCUUUUUUGAAUAAUGGGAUUGUUAUUUGCUAAAUUAUGGAGCCUGUUUGGCAAUGAAGAACACAAAAUUGUGAUAGUGGGUUUAGAUAAUGCUGGGAAAACUACCAUCCUUUAUCAGUUUUUAAUGAACGAGGUUGUUCACACUAGUCCCACAAUUGGUUCAAAUGUCGAAGAAGUCGUUUGGAGGAACAUUCAUUUCAUUAUGUGGGAUUUGGGAGGUCAACAAUCAUUGAGGGCAGCUUGGAGUACUUAUUAUACGAAUACAGAGUUUGUUAUUGUUGUGGUGGAUUCAACCGACAGGGAAAGAUUAUCUGUUAUACGUGAAGAAUUAUUUAGAAUGUUAUCUAACGAGGAAUUAUCGAAAGCGGGUGUUCUAGUCUAUGCAAAUAAACAAGACGUCAAAGGUUCAAUGUCGGCGUCGGAAAUAUCCAAAGAGCUAGAUUUAACCUCAAUCAAACAACAACAGUGGCACAUACAAUCUUGUUGCGCCCUUACAGGUGAAGGUUUAUAUCAAGGUUUGGAAUGGAUAGUGAGCAGGUUGAAAAAUAAAUGACAUCAUUCCAAAAAUACGGAUAUUAAAUUAACACGUUUUUUGUUUUUUAAUAAUUUGUAAAUUCCCGUUAAAUAUUUCACACUUUUUGUACAAAACGAUGUUUUCUCAUAUUGAGAAUAGAAAAAAAAACCAAGAAACAUCUAAUUUUUGCUUUUUUGUAACGAAAAAACGCGCCCGUUAAAAAAAAUUUACACCAAUAAAAAUGAUUUAUUGACAGAUCGCCAAAUCUACAAAAAAAUUUUCUCGAUAUAAAAAUCUGAUAUUGGAAAUUAAUUUAUACAGUUUGGUGUAAAAUUUCCAUAAUAUUCACAAGUAAAUUAACUUCCUUUGAUAAAAAGUUGAUUUUUAUAAAAGUACGACACUAUAAAAAUUUGAAAUUCCAAGGUGCCAAAUAUAUAUCAGAGUCGUACUAUUAUUUUUUAAAUGUCAUCCGUUUCUUUCUCAUUAUUGAAAUUGAACCCUGUAUAUUAUUUUACAAAAAAAGUCACUUGAUCUUUAUAUUUUUUUAAAUUAUCAAUUCUACACUCACUAUAUCUUCUUUUAAUUAUGUGUUUUUGUCAUUUAUUCAAUUUUUGAAGAUUCUCUACCUUUUUAAGUGUAAAUUUGAGUCAUUACAUGGAUUCCUUUUUCCAUAGCAGUUUCCUUAACUGCUUUAUCUCAUUCCUCGAUUUUCCUCUGGUUAAUUUCUUCUUUCCAGCUCCUUCUUGAUCUUCGUUUCAUUGUAAAUUCGUGUUUCUUGAAAGUUCUUCGAUUUUAACUAAAUUCAAAUUUUCUCUCGGUAGUUUUUUGUUGGUUUAUUCUCCCCAUUUUUUUUAGAAAUCCCAUUUCUGUACUUUGAAUUUUACAUUUUUGUUUGUGCACAUCUCUGAUCUGAUAUUUUUGGAACACACUGUAUACACUACAACUACACUGUCUGACGCGCACGUUUCUAUACCAAAUUAUCAUCUUCAGGGAUUUAACUAUUUAGUUUACCUACAGUCUGUGAAGACGGUAAUUUGGUUAUCGAAACAUUGUGUUCAAUAUUUAUCGAUAUUCCAUCUUGAAGUUCAAUGUAAAAUUACUGUUUUAAUUUAAAAAUUAAUUUUUUAAUUGAUGUACAGGGUUCAAUCAAAAUUUGUUGCGAUAAAAAUUGGUUGGUGUGAAAUUGUAGAUUUAUACAAAACAAUCCAUUAGCGUUUUUUUAACUGUAGGAAAAUCAGGUUGUUUGUUGAUAUACUGAGUGAAACAUUAUUGUAAACAGAUUUUCUUCUAAUUUAAUUAUGAGAAACAGAAACUUUGAACUUUAAACCUGUUUCUAUGUCAAAAACAAAAAGGGUUGAUUUGAAAUGAAACAUCCAGUCAUUUUAUUUAGAAUAGAUUCUGCCCAAAACAACCAAAAUGUCAAUCAAAUACACCAUCUAGUAAUUAAAUUAGAACUUAUUUAAAAAUUAUUAAGUCAUUUUCAGGUAAAAAGUCUGUUUACAUAAAAUUUUUAUAUUUUAUUCGUAUUUUGUUGUCCCUAAUAUUAGGAUUAAUUUUUAUUAAUUAUUUUAGUCCAAUUCUGUAUAAUACUGAAAAUGAGUCUACAAAAUUAGUAAUAUAAUGUAUAUAAUUCCA